GCCCCUCCCCGUGCCUGGGGGCGGGCGGCCAUGGCGGAGCGGCGGAGCGGGGCGGCCGAGGGCCUGGCCCGUCUCUCCGAGUGGGGGGACUCGCAUCUCACCCUCCUGCGGAGCCUGAGCGCCGGGAUGGCGGUGGCCGGGGCGCUGGUGCUGGCCCGCAGCGUGCGGAUGACAACAAAGUUUACAAGCGCCUUGGAUAUACCUGUGGCGUUUGUAGAAAAGAAUGUGAAAUUGAGGGGAACGUUGCAUCGCAUAACCGAGGAAGGCCUGGAAGUUGAACACAUUCCCAUUAGCGUUCCUUUCCUCACGUCGAUACAGAGAAAAUGGCAAUCGGAAGGUUUUCUGCUGGUGAGGCUUGCCGGGGUGGAGCUGGCUCCCAGCGGCACGGCCUGGUUACGGCAGGAGUUGAGACCCAAGCAAAUGGUGUGGUUCCAACUUCUCGGGAGGGAGGACUCGGCACUCGAGUGCCUUGUUUUAGUAAAUAAGGGUCAGUUUCUUAGCGUGUGCUUAAAUGAAGAGAUCUUGAGGCAAGGGCUUGGCAGGACAGCACAUAUUGAAGGACUGCGUCACGAUUCCCGCCUGCACUGGAAACUUCAGAAAAGGCUCCUUCGAGCAGAGUUAAAGGCCUUGAAGAAAAAUAAAGGAAUAUGGAAAGAAGAAAGCUACUCGGAGAGAAUUAGAGAUCGUAUAAACAACAACAAAUUUGUACAGACACUGAAACAAUUUGCGAGCUGGGUAAGAAGCUCUGUUUCAAGGUAAAAAGGGAGACUCGCUUGGAGGAACACCAGCUACCUACGUUACGUGCUUCAUGUAACGUAGAAGUUUAUGGUAAAAAACUGCCAUAAUUUUGAGGGUCCCUGUCUUGAACGGAAACCCCAUGGAGUUUCCUAACGCUGUAUUAUAAUCCGUGUGGGAUGGAAUUUUAGUAGUAAUAUGCACGCCACAAAUGAAAACAUUCUGAAGCUGACCUCUUCCACAGUGAAGUCCCAAAUUAGUUGUCCAGUUUGCCACCUGCUAAUUCCCUACCCAGCAGUGGAGAGCCCGGUUUUUAGGAGGUGCAGAGUGUUAGUUACAGCGCACGGCCUUAAAUGCUUCUCUCUUCCGUGUCAUAGCCCACAGGGGAUGGAAAACUCCGUUUCAGACCUUUGCAAAACUCGUGCUAUGUUUACACACCAGCAUUUUGUUUGAAUUCUGGUUUUAUGCUACUUCUGUGUAUAAUCUGUGUUUGAAAAAUCUUUCUUCUUGAAUAAUGGGUUUCGUUGUUACCGAUGUAAGAGGUAGUUUGUUACAGUUGAUCUUAAAAAAGCUGAUAAGGUCAUAACAACUAAAGUUUCUCAGGGGAAAAGCAAAAUCACUUGGUAUAUCAAAGAAUAUAAAUUAGUAUGUCAGUAAUCCAAAUUUUUAGAAGACAACAUUCACUUGAAGACAAAAGACCUAUGCUGUUUUUUUUCUGAUGGUUCUAUAAAUAUCUAAAAUUAGAUGAAAAUAAAACUUUAACAUGAAAUGUGAAAAGGUGGAUCGUACUGUGUGAGGAGCUUAAAGUCUUGUUUUAUUUUUGAUAUGCAUGUUAAGUAUAUGAGUGUAGUAUUAUUUAUUUUGUAAAUAGAAUAAAGAUUAUGCUCAUUGUUAUGUUUCAUAUACCAAGCACUUGAUCUUUGUGCAACCUCCCAGAGCCCCACUAUUUAUUUAAAAUGAAGUGUUUUACAGAU